CUAAGAAAAAAAAAGGAUGGGGCUGUCUUUUGCUAAGUUGUUCAGUCGGCUGUUUGCCAAGAAAGAGAUGCGAAUUCUUAUGGUGGGUCUUGAUGCUGCUGGUAAGACUACCAUCUUAUACAAGCUCAAGCUCGGAGAGAUUGUCACCACCAUUCCCACUAUUGGGUUUAAUGUGGAGACCGUGGAAUAUAAGAACAUUAGCUUCACUGUCUGGGAUGUUGGUGGUCAGGACAAGAUUCGACCUUUGUGGAGACACUACUUCCAAAAUACACAAGGGCUGAUCUUUGUUGUUGAUAGUAAUGAUCGUGACCGUGUGGUUGAGGCCAGGGAUGAACUUCAUCGUAUGCUGAAUGAGGAUGAGCUGAGGGAUGCUGUACUGCUUGUAUUUGCAAACAAGCAAGAUCUGCCAAAUGCUAUGAAUGCUGCUGAGAUAACUGAUAAGCUUGGUCUUCACUCCCUCCGUCAGCGCCACUGGUAUAUCCAAAGUACAUGUGCCACAUCUGGUGAAGGGUUGUACGAGGGACUGGACUGGCUCUCCAACAACAUAGCUAACAAGGCUUGAGGGAUGGUCAAGUAUGGGUGACAUCUUGGAGCAGCAAUGAAGUCGAAUUGGAAUAUUUUAUAUGCUAUUUUGUGUUGAUGGGUUUUGGUUUUUCUUGCCUUGUAAACUUGCAAGAAUGUAUCAGAUUGUGGUUAGGAUUUUUACUGUACUAGAAAUGGGCAUUUUGCUUUUGUAGAUUGCUUUCAAAUAAUCUUUGUCCACAGAGUUAACAUAUUCAUUGUUAUCAGGUCAUUGUUACAUAUCAUGAUUUUUAUUUGUUCUCCGCA